GUUCGCGUUGGCGCUGCACGGCGGUCGUGUGUGCGCGGUGAAUAAUCGCGAUUCGCAACGCGAGUGUGCAUCUGUGAGUGUGUGCUCUCCAUUUUGGCCAUGCAAAACGACGAGGAACCAGCUGCAGCGGGUGCUUCGGGUCUGGGCAAUGGGGAAUCCUUGCGUAGUCCACCAGCCCCGGCUCCGCGUCGUCCCAAGCCGGGCAUCCUGCGACUGGACAUCGGCAAACCGCGACGCUCAUCAGGUGGCUCCGUCGAUUUCCGCUGCGUGGGCAGCAGCAGCAGCAAUGGGAACACCAGUAACGUGGCCACUGGCGCCAACAGUGAGAACAACUCGGGAGUCACCUCGCCACAUCAACUUUCUGUGACCUGGGCACCGCCAUGCGACUUGGAUAGAGGUGGCUGGCAAAUGCAGAGCAGCGCCGAUGCGAAGAGGGAAUUCUACAAAGGACAACGGGGCAGGAGAACUGCGUCACAGGAGGAACACAGAUCCUACGAAUUAAACGAUUUCCCACUGCAAAACCAGAGCAGUGACGCCGAGAGCUGCCACCAGGAGCCCCACUUCGCCCACCAGCAGCGUCCGCCAGGAAUCGGAAUCGGAUUCGACGAGGAUGGCGGCGGCGGCGACAUUGACGAUGAGGAGAGCUACACAAUUUCCGUAUCGGCAAUAAUGCAGAGACGUGCCAGUGUGCGCGGCUAUCGGGGCAAACGCGGCAGUCGGAGUUCGAGACGUGCAUCCAGUCCCAUGGAUCACGUGCUGGACAGUGUGGAGCGGCGACGCUCCAGUGUCUAUACGACAAGUUCAGAGGAGGGCACCAAUCAGGAGUCGACGCAAGAGCAAAUCUUUGAGAACAUCCGCCUGCACAAGGAGGUCAUACAGUCGGUGAAGCUACAGCCAUGGCCCAUCCGCAAGAAGCUCAAGCUGGUGCGGCAGGCCAAAACAUAUGUGGCACGCCACGAGGGCGCGCUCCAGGAGCGCUUCGCCAUGUCACGCAGCACCAGAGACUUGUGGGCGAGGUUUAAAAUUUUAAUGGCGGCACGAUGGCGACACUGGAAACGGGAGACGGCCAGCUUCCUCACCGUCCUCAUUCCCUGGGAGCUGCGCAUCAAGGAAAUCGAAUCGCACUUCGGCUCCGGCGUGGCCUCCUACUUUACAUUCCUGCGAUGGCUUAUGUGGGUCAAUAUCAUGAUUGCCAUUCCGCUGGUCGCCUUCGUCAUUGGCCCCGAGUACUUUGCCACAAAGCACGGCGAAACGGAUCCCAGGAAAAGGAUGUCCGACCCGGAGGCUCGGGUGGCCGGCAAUCUUUUCACGUUCUGGGAGUUCGAGGGAUACCUCAAAUAUUCACCUAUGUUUUAUGGAUACUAUUCAAGCACAUCCGGCAUUAGCACGUCCGGAUAUAAGCUGCCCUUGGCCUAUUUCCUUACCGCCGUUCUGGUCUACAUCUACAGCUUUGUGGCCACGUUAAGGAAAAUGGCGGAAAACUCGCGCAACUCGAAACUUUCCUCGAAGGACGACGAGUGCGUCUUCUCGUGGAAGCUCUUCACCGGCUGGGACUUUAUGAUUGGUAAGUGGGCGGCGUCAGUGGCGCAACGAGCUGCCAUCAUCACAAGUUUUGCAUCUCCCACAGGACACGCGGAAACGGCACACAAUCGCAUCGCAUCCGUAGUCGUGGGCUUCAAGGAGGCGCUGCUGGAGGAGGCGGAGAAAAAGAAGGAUAAUCGCAACUGGCGCGUCAUACUCCAGAGGAUCCUGGUCAAUAUCCUGGUGAUGGGGCUGCUGGGCUUGUCGGGAGCCACGGUGGUGCUGCUGGUUAAUCACUCAGAGGAUUUGGCCAAGCAUGACAACUGGCUGAGCCGCAAUGCGGUGAACGUGACCAUGACCCUGCUCUCCUUCUUCCUGCCCAUGAUAUUCGAGGCACUGGGUCUGUUCGAGAACUGGCAUCCCAGGCAGCAGCUGCGUUUGCAACUGGCUCGCAUUAUGAUCCUCAACAUGUUGAAUUUGUACUCGCUGAUGUUCUCCUUCAUCUACAAGAUCAACAGUAAGGAGAAGCCGCUGCAGAUGUUGAAACUGGAGAACGAAACAAACACCAUGGAGCUGAAGCAUCUACUUAGUUCGAUUGAGGCUCUGAGGGCCAUGACCCCCACAACUUCGCUAUAUGGUGAAAGCACUUCGGAUGGGCUGUUCGAUGAUUCCACCUCGACUGCAAGUUGGGGUGAGGAUGCUGGUGGCCUCUUUUCGACCACAGCCGCUGCCACCCUAAUCUCCACCACCGUGCAGCGUCUGAAGUGCUAUAACAUGACUGUAAAAUGCUCAAAGCUGCGGCGCAACAUCAUCAGUCGCAAGAACUUGGCCACCACCUUGAUGGUUCUCAACCUGACAACACCAGCCAUGGUGCCACCAACCUUACCAACCACAUUGCCUACUACACUACCUACGACAUUACCUACGACAUUACCUACGACAUUACCUACGACAUUACCUACGACAUUACCUACGACAAUACCUACUACAUGGCCUACUACAUUGCCCUCCACAUUAGCCACCACAACACCGACGACUUCAAGUGUUUGGACAACCACAGAGCCAACCACUUCGACAACAACAACGACAUCACCUUGGACAACUCUACCGCCCUCGACAACAACCACUGCGGCAACCACAACGACUGAAGGAGCCACUACAACCACAGAAGCACCAACCACAACCACACUUGCACCAACCACAACCACACAUAAGAUCACCACAGUCGAAAUUAAUAGUACAAUACCAGAUACUACAAAACCCAUAACCAAUAUGUCAUCUCCGGAAACACCUAUUAAUACUGAAAGUCCAAACUCAACAACAAACUCUGCAACUUCAAGCACAAUAGCAGCCAUAACAAAUACCACCAGCUUGCCACUAAGCAGCACCACCAGAGUAACGACAACCACAACCACGGAGAAACCACAGCGAGAGGAUAACUUUAUCUACACCACCGGAGAUGAUGAGGGCUCCUAUGACUAUGGCAGCGAUUCCACAUCAGACGCUCCGGAUAAUUAUAGCUACUCCGAUAUAACGGAUUACUCCUCGGAACCAUCGGAAAUUGAGGAUUUUGAUGAACAAGAAAGCACUGAUCAGGCAGACGAUCCUCUGGCCAAAGUUUUGGAGCAAGUCGAUGAAAAUGGGACCAAAAGCCGCAGGAAAAGGGCAUUGCCCGAAUCACCAUUCCUUACCAGCAAGUACAGCAGGCGACAUCGUAACGGUUCCGCCGUCAUAGCUGCACAACCAGGAGAAACCACUGAAUCGGGGAAUUCUACACCUAGUCGGUGGCCCUUUAAUUGGGCAUCCUUCAGACAAACCACACCGGCAGCCACCACAACAAAAAGAGUUCCUAGUGGAUUUCUAACCAAGGAGGAGUGGGAAAGACGCCGGCGACUCAAGAGCAGAAGUACCACAACUACAAGUACCACCAGCACCACCACAACUACAAGAAGACCCAGGUGGAGAUACCGAACCACGACUACUGAACUUACCAGCACCACCGAGGAGCAGUCCUCAACAACGGAGAGUUCCACUGAGUCAUCGAGUCCAGAGAGCACCACCAAUGCCUUCGAAAGCAGCAGUAGCACCACCGCAGAAGAUGAAUACAGCACCACAGAGGGAACGGAGAAUAGACCCUACUAUGUGGGCUAUGUGGACAUAUCGGAAUUGGGGAGUACCAUCUACUACGAUGGAGACAGCGAGUUCCUGGAGGAGUGUGUGAUUACCAUUUGCCCCAAAGGCGAUGACAUUUUGGGCAGCACCACCGAGAAUCCGGAUAGCACCACCCAGAGCAGCGACUCCAAGCAGCUAACCACGGUGAAACUCACGCCGCUGGAGCGGAAACAGAAGCGUCUGAAGGAAGUGCAGCUGGCGAUUAAGCAAAUACAAACCAAUCUGACAACCAUGUGCUGGGAAACCUCCUUGGGCCAGGAGCUCUCCAAAGUCAUCGUAUUCGACGGGCUGAUGUCCAUUGUGGCGCCGCUGUGCAUCGACUUUCUGCGCGCCCUCUUCGUGCGGUAUGUCAAUCAAAACUGGUGCUGGGACAUGGAGAAGACCUUUCCCCAGUACGGUGACUUCAAGAUAGCCGAGAACAUCCUGACGUUGAUUAAUAACCAGGGCCAAGUGUGGAUGGGCAUAUUCUUCUCGCCGGGCCUGGUGCUCAUCAACCUGGUCAAAUUGAUGAUCAUGAUGUACUUCCGCUCGUGGAUAGUGCUCACCUGCAAUGUGCCGCACGAGGUGGUGUUCAAGGCCUCCAAAUCGAACAACUUCUACCUAUCGCUGUUGUUGACCAUGCUCUUCCUUUGUGUCCUGCCUGUGGGCUAUGCGAUUGUCUGGCUGCGCCCCUCCUGGCAUUGUGGACCCUUCUCGGAGUACAACAGGAUAGCUGAGUUCAUUACCAACACAACGCGGAAUGCUCUGCCAAAACAACUCCACGAACCCCUGGACUAUCUGACCUCCUCGAGCACUGUGAUUCCACUGCUCCUGCUGCUUAUCCUCAUCAUAUACUACCUGGUUUCGCUAACUGGCGCCCUCCGCGAAGCCAACCAGGACCUGCGCACCCAACUACAAAAGGAACGCGAGGAGGAGCGCAAGAAGAUCUUCAAGGUGCCGGAGGUCAAGCAGGCGGAACCAACGGCCACCACGCUGACAAAUCGCUGGCGCAAAGUUCUCGAAGCCAGCUCACCGGUUACACCCACCCAACCACCCGAUUUCGAUACGGAGGAGUACAAAAAUCAAGCCCGAAAAGAGCUAAUCUCACGCAUCAUGAAGAAGGCGUUGCGCAAGGGGUCCGCCACGUCGGAAGAGGAUUCGUUUGUGCGGCGCGAUGACGAUGACACGGACACCGAGCACCAGGAUUCCCUGCCCCACGACGAGGAGGCCAAGGACAAACGGUUCGGCCUGUCGCGAUUGCAGCAAAUCCGGCGUACCCGCAAACCAUCGCUGGUGGACAUCGUGCAGAUUGCCAAGCAGGAGCGGGCACGAGCGGGAUCCAUUGUGGCCGGAACCAGCUCUGCUGGAACUGGCAAUUUUCCCGUAAAGGAGACGCAUCCAAAGAGCCGCUUCAAAGUGGAGAAACAUGAGCGCAAGGAUAGGGGCAGCAUGAAGGACAAAAAGGACACCAGGCACAGGCAGCCACAGCAGCAGCCGCCGCCCUAUGAAUCGCCCAAGGACAACGAACAUGAUCCGGAUACAAAUUCAAGGAUUGUCAGUGAACGCCGCGCCAGCUUACUACGGCGCCACAAGGAGCAGGCCGAGGGAGAGGAGCCGCCCACCACCCCAGAAGCACCACAAACACCCAUCUCGCCAGCAGAGCCAGUGGUACCAGUGGCGCCCGAGGAAUCCACACCCGAAACGCCCACGUUGGCCAAAAGCAAAUUCCACAUAGUUGAUGAAAAAAAACCGCCGCAGGAGCUGGAAGAUAAACCCUUGCCGACAACCAAGGAGAGUGGCGGCGGUAGUGGCGUUGGAAGUUUGGGCAAGUUCAAGUUCCGUAAGCACAAAUUCAAGUCAAAUAAUGUGGCUGCCGCCAAGCCGGAGCCCGAGGUGUUCAAGUUCGACGAGCGGAGUGUGGAAAGGAGCACGGAUGUGCCAGCAGCUCCCGCCGCAGAGCACCUAAACAGCGAGCUGUCCGGCACUGAGGAGCAGGAACGAAGUCUGCCCUCACCCACUCCCAGUCAGGGUCAGGGCCACCACCAGCGGCAAUUGUCCGUGCUUUCCCGGCAAGGUCGCAAGAAGAUCGGCAACCUGUUGGCCCUGGUUCGUGAGGCAGUCAAUCUCAAGAAGGACGAUGUGGAGCAGCCGGGCUCGGAUGAGUCGCCGGGUCCCACGACGCCCACCUAUUUGGCAUACACACCGCCGCCACCACCAUCAGUAUUGUCCAGCGUGUCCAGUUCGACGGCCUUGGAAAUGCCACCUACUCCCGAACCGGAAUCGCCCACGCCCAGUGCACCACUGCACUUUGGCAGCAGCACAUCCUCCCGUCCGCCUAGCAAGCCACCCAAGCCUCCAGUGGUGCCCGCCUCCACCACUGCUCCAACGGCCACCAUCGAUGACCUGGAGGAACUGGAUACAGCCGGUCCAAUAACGUUUCCCAAACGCAGCGAUUCCCAUCGCCGUCGCACCAUGAGACAGGAUUCACAGAGCUCCGUCUGGUCGGAUAACAUACCCACAAUUACCAUAAGCACCACCGGCAGCGAUGAGUGCAUCGUGGAUGCUGCUGCUCCACAAAAUGGACUUCCCGAGCCGCGGAGUGCUUCCCCGGAGCCCACGGUCAACAUUAUAAAGAUUGACAUUGAGAAUGAGCAGAAGGAAUGAUGUACCUACCGAAGAAGUGCCUUGAACACCAGAUUGUCUUCUUAAAUAAACAUAUUAGCAUUCUUCCUACUUACUAUUCACUUACUACUUAGCUUGAAUCUUGUUCUUCAGAAUAUAAAAAGAAAUCUUUCGAUCCUUACGAAAUAAUGAUGUUUCAUUCAUUAGCUUAUUUCCGUAAAAAGUAACAAUAAACUACAUACAAUUUGCACACAA